AUGACUUUUGCCCUCGCCACCAGAAACACUCUCAGACGUGCUGCCUCCAGCAGAGCUGCCUACACCACAGUCUUUGCCCGCAACAAGGUCACUCUCCCCGACCUUGACUACGACUUUGGUGCCCUCGAGCCUUUUAUCUCUGGUCAGAUCAAUGAGCUCCACUACACCAAGCACCAUCAAACUUACGUCAAUGGCUACAACGCUGCCAUUGAGCAGCUCUCUGAGGCCAAGGUCAAGAACGACGUUGCUGCCCAGAUCAAGCUGACCCCUGCCAUUAGAUUCCACGGUGGUGGCCAUAUCAACCACUCUCUUUUCUGGAAGAACCUUGCCCCCGUUUCCCAGGGUGGUGGUGUUCCUCCUGCCGCCGACUCUCCUCUCGGCAAGGCUAUCACUGAGUACUACGGUUCCUUUGACACCCUCGUCGGCAACGUCAAUACUAAGCUUGCUGGCAUCCAGGGUUCCGGCUGGGCUUGGAUUGUUAAGAACAAGGAGACUGGUGCUCUUGAUGUUAUUACUAAGCCUAACCAGGACAUUGUUGAUGGUCCUCAUAUCCCCAUUGUCGGUAUUGACGCUUGGGAGCACGCUUACUACCUCCAGUACCAGAACGUCAAGGUCGACUAUUUCAAGGCCAUCUGGAGCGUCAUCAACUGGAAGGAGGCUGAGAAGAGAUUCUCUGCUUAA